AUGGAUCUGAAUAAUGUGGUCAGUUUAUUUUCAAUUUUCUGAAUUUCCAUUGUGAAUGGAGUUAUUUAUUGAGUUAUUAUUUUUUUAAUUCAAAUCUGACAAGUUUUAAAAAAACUGAGAAACGUUAAGUUACCAUUUCAUUGCUUCUAUAAAUUUUCAGAUUUUUUUCAUUCUUUAUUGAUUUAAACCAGAACAAUCUGAAUUAUUUAAUUAUUUUUUUCGAAUAAUAAAAUCUGAUUUGGCAAAUUUUGAAGGGAUGUUUGUAAGAUCAUAAAUGGAUUUUUUUUGAGAGUUAAAAAAAGAUUUUAUGAGAAAUAGUUGAAGUUCAAGUUGAAACCUUUGGAAAGCUCGAAAAUCUAUCGCUCCAGAAUAAUUUAUAAACGAAAUGAUGUUUAAUAGAUUCGAGAGAAUUUUUUUAUAUUUGGGGAAAAAGUUUAAUGACCAAAAGUUAGGCUUCAAAACUGUUUUUAUUCAUCAAAAAUAUGUGUUGAGCCGUUAAUUAAAAACUUUUAAAAAAAUGGAAAAAUAUUUUUUUCGAACUUUGAAAAAUCAAAAAAAUGAUGAGUAAAGACUACGAACCGACCGAAUUUUCUAGAAAAUAGCCUCCGAGUUUAUUUUUCUCUCCUUUCUUGCCUAGAGUUUAUUUUCCUUCGAGUUUCAGAACCCUUCCAGGAAUCUUCCCUUUGAUACACGCGACCUGUCCCUGUGCAUGCGCCUUUAAUAUAAUGGGAAUUUUCGGCUAAAUAAUUGGGAGGCGGUGAAAAAACUCCCAUCAGAUUAUUUAGAGAGAUGUUUGUAUCAUAGUUUAGAGGGAUAAUUGAAGAAAACGUAGGAGUUUCAUGGAAAAUUUUGGCAUUCUGGGAAAAAAAAGUUGGCCUGAAAUGUUCGUUGUACUGGUAAAAUUUUUAGUGGCCACUAUAGAGGCUCGCCAAGGACUACUUGGAGAGGACACUAAAGCGGCCACAAAACCCACCUCUAUAGUGGCCACUUCAGUAGUUUUUCAUCCAGUAUUCCUUCCGGUCUUACAAUUUAGAAACAAAAAGGUUGAACAAGUUAUAGAGUUUUAGUGCGACUACACAGAGACAGGCCGCGCGUAUCGAAGUGAAGCUUCCCGGUAGGGUUCUGCGUUUCAGGGAGUAAUAAAAACUGAAAAAAAUACCGAAACAAUCCAAAACCCUAUAGAAGUAGCGUUACAGAGAGUAGUGCCGUCGCACUCGCACUUUUCGGGUUUCCUGGCGGUUUUGGUGUGUAUUCUGGUGGGAAUGCUCGUCGCCUCGAGCUGCAUCUUGUGCGCCACUUGCAUUAGGAGGAAACUCAAGAAGGGCGUGAGUUCAUCUUUCACAACUUCUUCUAAGAAAUCUAUGGCUAGGGACCGUUGGAAGGGGUUUUGCGAAUUUUUUAUAUUUUGAAGUACUUUUCAAAUUUUUAAAUCAUAAGUAGGGGCGUUGAAACUCCGUUUUCUUUUUAGAAUUUUUUUAGAAUAUUUUUUUAUGAUUGAUUUUUUUAUAGUUUGAGAGGCUUCCAAAGAUUUUUUUGAACCUUCAAAUCGAUGAAUUAGGGACUCUUUAUGAAGAUAUUAAAAUUUAAAGAGAAGAAAAAAAUGUUUCAGGGUUUCUUUAACCUUCAAAAAUCAUAGCUAGGGACCGUAGAAAGGGGUUUUUUUUUGAUUCUUUUUUUCAAAAAUUCUAGAAAAAUUCUCAAGAUUUUUUUCAAACCUUCAAAUGGAUCAGUAGCUCUAAAAAAAAUUUUUUUUGAGAAUUCUCAGGGCUUUUUCUCUUCAAAUUCAUGGCUAAAAACAGUUUUUCGAAAGUGUUGUUUUCUUUAAAUCUUAAAUCUCAGAAUUUAUGACCCGAAAAAGACGUAGAAAAAUAUUCCUUUAAAAAAAUAUUCAUUUCUGAAUUUUACUACCUUCUCUCAAGUUCAUGAGUAGAUAUCGUAUGAAAAAAAUUGUCCCCUUUUUGUAUUUUUUUUAACCUUUUUUUAAAUUCGAAGAUGUUUAUUUCGGUCAAGGAAAAAGUUUGAAGACGGAAGGAAAUUUCCAUCAUUUUCUUAAUACUUUGAAGUCCUUUACUUUUUUUCAUCUAACCAUAGUUGAAAAAAAGAGGGGGGUCAGAAUUGAAAAAUCGAGUAUUAAAAAAAUUGGAAAAAUAACUUUUUGAAAAAAAUUUUUUUAGAUCAUUGCUUAUUGCGAAACUUUUUUUGUUUCUUUUUUUAAAUGAGGAAUUUCUCAUAAAGUAAUUACUGAGCUUCAAGAUACCUUAAGCGUUUCUAUGAAAAUCGUGAAACAGUAAUUCAGAAAAAGACCCGUUUUUCAGGAAGAAGAGAACGGGAUGGUCCAUUCGGACACGGCGGAAACUCUUCUGGAAUCCGCAUUAAUAAAUUCAAACAAUAACCAACCAAUCUAUAGAACCAUUGACGUCUGUGUCAAUGAGGAAUGA